AUGACCACCAUCCUCGCUUACUCCUUGUUCUUCUUCUCAUCUUUCUCAUCCUUCUCCUCCGUCUUCUCCUCUUUCUUCUUCUUCUUCUUCACUUUCUUUUUCCCUCCUCCUCCUCCUCCUUUUUCUCCUCUUCAUUUUUCACUUCCUCCUCCUCCUCUUUUUUCUUUCCCUUCUACAUUCUUUUUCUCCUCCUUCUUCCUCUUUCUUUUUCCCCUCCUCCUCCUCCUUCUUCCUCUUUCUUUUUCUCUUUCUCCUCGUCUUUCUUUAUCUGCUUCUUCUCCUUUCUCUUCUCCUCUUUCUUUUUUCCUCCUCAUCCUUCUUUUUCUCUUUAUUUGUCGCUUCCUCCUCCUCCUCCUCCUCCUUCUUCUUCUUUCUUUUCCCUUCCCCUUUCUUUUUCUGCUCCUUCCCCUCCUUUUUCUUUUGCUUUGUCUCUUCCUCUUUCUUUUUCUCAUCCUCUUCCCCCCCUCCUCCUCCUCCUUCUUCUUCUUCUUCUUCUUUCUUCUUCUUCUUCUUCUUCUUCUUCUUCUUCUUCUUUUUCUUCUUCAGGACAUCUGGCGUUUCAUUAUUUACAUUACCGUUCUCGUUACUUUUCUUUCUUUCUUUCUUUCUUUCUUUCUUUCUUUCUUUCUUUCUUUCUUUCUUUCUGACUGGAUUCCUGUCUGUCCAUUGGUUUAUCUGUCUGUAUAUCUAAUAUUCUUUUUUUUUUUUUUUUUUUUGUCCACAUUUUUCUUUCCUUCUUUCUUUAUGACUAUUAUUAUUACUUCUUUCUGCUUGCCGACAUUCUUCCUUUCUUUCUUUCUGUUGUCUAUGUAUCGGUUUCUCUCUCUCUCUCUCUCUCUCUCUCUCUCUCUCUCUCUCUCUCUCUCUAUCCUCCUGUCUGUCGAUUGGUUUAUCUGCCUGUAUUUCUAUUAUUCUCUCUUUGUUUGUCCACAUUUUCCUUUCUUUCUUUCUUUCUUUCUUUCUUUCUUUCUUUCUUUCUUUCUUUCUUUCUUUCUUUCUGACUGGAUUCCUGUCUGUCCAUUGGUUUAUCUGUCUGUAUAUCUAAUAUUCUUUUUUUUUUCUUUUUUUUUUGUCCACAUUUUUCUUUCCUUCUUUCUUUAUGUCUAUCGGUUUAUCUGUCUGUAUUUCUUCCUUUCUUCUUUUCUUUCUGUCUGUCUGUCUCGCUAUUUGUCUGUCAGGACUAUUAUUAUUACUUCUUUCUGCUUGCCGACAUUCUUCCUUUCUUUCUUUCUGUUGUCUAUGUAUCGGUUUCUCUCUCUCUCUCUCUCUCUCUCUCUCUCUCUCUCUCUCUCUCUCUCUCUCUCUCUCUCUAUCCUCCUGUCUGUCGAUUGGUUUAUCUGCCUGUAUUUCUAUUAUUCUCUCUUUGUUUGUCCACAUUUUCCUUUCUUUCUUUCUUUCUUUCUUUCUUUCUUUCUUUCUUUCUUUCUUUCUUUCCGUCUGGCUUCCUGUCCUUGUGGAAACUUGUGCAUGCCUAUCUCUCUCUCUCUCUCUCUCUCUCUCUCUUUCUCAUUCCAUCGCAACUCUCUCUCUCUCUAUCUAUCUAUCUCACUCACUCACUCACUCAUUCACUCUACCCACAACUCCCUUUUUGCAUUUUAUGGUUUUUGA